CAGACUUUAUAGUUAUUUCUAUCUUUUUAUUUCUUUCGAAUCCAUGCUCCCUCUUCAACACUCGAUAGCACACUGCUUCGGGAGAUGGCUGCCCGUUUUGUGAAAAUAGGAUUAGCUGUUACUGCACUAGCUCUCUUAUUAACGGCAAUCUUUUUGAUUCUAUUUAUUGACCGACGUGAAGUGGCCCGAAGUUUGAAGGACAUCGACCAUGUCAUCAUCUUUAUGCAAGAAAAUCGGUCAUGGGAUACAUAUUUCGGGACAAUGGCGGGUGCAAGAGGUUUUAAUGACCCCAACGUACAGGUCAACCCGAAUGGGCUCCCCGUGUGGUACCAACCAGUUGACUCGAGCAUGUCAAAUGUCACAGAAACCCUUCUUCCAUGGUACUUAGGGUAUCUGGGCGGAAACUGGUCCCAAGCCAUACAGUGCAUGAGUGCUGGAAGCAAUGGAUAUAGAGAAAAUCAUGCGUCAAUCAACGGUGGACUCAAUAAUGGCUGGGCAAGGAACAAUACACCGUGGAGUUGGGGUUAUCUAAACCGGCAUGACCUCCCCGUCCAGUUUGCCAUUGCAGAAGGCUGGACUGUCGGCGAUAUGUAUCAAGAAUCGCAAAUCACUGCAACAAACCCGAAUCGAGUCACCUUAGUGAGUGGAAGUAUCAAUGCACCUGGCAGCCCGCAGACGCCAGAUGAAGGCGGCGUAUAUAUAGAUAAUAACGAAACCCCGGGAUGCGAGUCUCCCAAUCUCAACUGCUACCCUCUCAAGUGGAAAACGAUAUUCGACAUAUAUGAAGCUGCGGGCGUUUCUUGGCAGGUAUACCAAGGAGUGGACAACUUUGAUGACAACCCCUUGGCCUGGUUCGAGCAGUUCCAGAAUGCACCCCCAACCUCGGCGUUGUCAAAGAAGGGAAUGGCGUAUUUGGGACUAGAUGCCUUUUAUGCAGAUGCUGCUUUAGGUACCUUACCACGAGUUAGCUUUAUCGUCGGCCCGCGAGAACUUUCCGAACAUCCGCCAUAUUCUCCUUCUGAUGGAGGCUGGUUGCAGUACAAAAUUUUGGAUGCAGUGGUAAGAGGGCCAAAGUAUGGUAAAAGUGCACUUCUGAUUAGUUACGAUGAAUCUGGUGGUUGGGGCGACCAUGUUCCUCCUUACCAUUCCCCAGAGAACACGACCGGUGAAUGGCUGGAAGAUCCGUAUAACCUUUUUGGAAAUAUCUACACUGGCCCUGGAGUUCGAGUCCCUUUCUAUAUCGUUUCCCCUUGGACUCGCGGGGGACGCGUCUUUACCGAACACGCUGACCACAACUCGCAAAUCCUUUUUAUCGAAGAAUGGCUCACCGCCAAAGGUUACAAUAACGUCAGGACAGACGAAAUGGUUCACUGGAGAAGGCAGAACAUGGCUCAUCUCCUUAAUGCACUGGACUUCGAAAAUCCCGACCUCUCCGUACCAGACAUACCAAGACCGAAACAACCCCACCGCAACUCCCGCGGCGAAUUCGACGGUUCCGCCUUCUGCGAAUCACAGUUCCCGGACCCACGACCGCCUCCCCCAUAUUCCUCGCAACCCAGCACACUCCCCAAUAUCGUCGAAGAAGGGUAUAAGAUAUGCGUUGGCCAACUGACCGAGGGCCGCUAUCUUGUUUUCGAAAAUGAAGACGGUCGUCUGCUAGCGCACAACAGCACCACAUCAGACAUCAACGAUCAUGACAACACACAGCCGUCACUACUAACGACAAUGCCAUCGUCGCAAGAGCCCUCGAAUAGUAGUAAUAACGCAGAAAACAAAAUGAAUAGAUACCGGCCCCGGAAUGCGCGGUGGGUCAUCUAUUACUACAACAAUAACAGUACCGAUAUUGCAGUCAUCGCGACGAACCAGUCUGGUCCGUUUUUGGUGUCAAGUUUUGAUAAGAGGGUGUGGUUAGCGCCGGGGGGAAGGCUGGUUUCUUCGAGGGCGGGCGCGGCGCCGGUGGAUAUUUUAUUUUUUGCAGGGAACAGGGAAGGGGAGAAAAGGGGCUAUUCGAUAUCGUAUCCUUCGCGUGGCAGUGGUGAUGAUAACACUGGUAGUGAUCCUGGGUAUAUAAACGUCGAUGGGGUCGGCAAUGUCUUUGUGGGCGAGAAGAGGGAAACAUUCAACGUGGUUAGUGUUACAUAUUAUGAUUAAUGACGGUAUGCAUGGGGGGGGGGUUUAAUAACGGCGUUUGGGGAAUUGAAUGUAGCGAUUUUCGAGGUACCACCGAGAAGACAUGGAGUUUGAUUUUGGAAUGCUCGGGAACAUGCUACCAUGAUAGCAAGGGAAACAAACGUGUGGGAAAGUGAAUGUUCUGAUUAUAAUAAUAUACUUUUAUCCUUAGUGGAAACCAAAUUUUGAAGCC